AUGGCCAACUCUAACAAACCUUCUGCUGCUGAACUCACGCGCCCCAUCAACAUUGAUGGCAGGGAGUAUGUCCCCGAGCCUCCAUUAGUAGAAGAAAAGGAGAAGAUCUGGCGUUCUCAGGCUGCUCCUGAGCAAUCUUCCGACGACGAUGGGCGCCCCAUUUCUCAAGUCUUGAGGAAACCCAGUUCUUCUGGUCAACCACGUUCGACAGAACCUACUAUCUCUUCUGCCUCCAAAAAAUCCAAAAAACACAAACGCUCUGCUCCCGCGGGCACUGAGGUAUUUCUUGCUGGCUCGUCUGCUCUUUUGGCUAGACUAUUUGCUUAUAACCUCUAUUCGUGUCUCCAGCACACCUCCCAACAUGAAUCCAAAAGCCACCAUGGCGACAAAAGGAAGAAACAUGACUCUCCUUCCAAGAGUGGCGAAAACAAAAAGAAGAGGCACCAUACAAUGCCUCCUUCAGAGGUUCCUGUCGAAGAUGCCGACACUCCUGUGGUCGACACUUCCACCCUUGGUGCGGUCCCUGCUCCAUCCGUGGGAGCUUCACCGGUGAUUGGUCCCUCCCCCGCUACUGCCUUGGGGAACACAAAUCAGGAUGCAGUCUCCACUGCAUCGACACAGGCUGAUGCUUCUACUGAGCCGACUCAACCUGUCGCUGACUAUACUCCCGCGUCGCCGGUUUCUUCUCCAGCUCGCCCCUUUCAAUCUGUCAACACCGCUGGUGAGUCCAUUGAAUUUCCUCUCCAGAUUAGUGAUAGUGACUCUGACUCGGUCACUAGUCCUGCGACGCAUAUGGACUCCAGUUCGACUAGUUCUGACUCGAGUCUCUCUUCAGCUUCCUUGUAG